AUGUCAGUCAAGACAGUCACCACAUUCACGACUGCCAUACCAUCCACGGUGGAGUUGCUAGAGGUCAAGCUCGCUGAGACGCUUAAUUUCUACCUAAACUACCUUGAGCGAAUUCCGGGAGGCCUGAUUAUUCAAAGAUAUAUUCGUUCUUCUUACAGAGAUGACCCCAUUCGUUCUGUAUUUGAGUUUGCCUUGUUCCUCUUUGCGGUGCACUACUUCUUGUCAUCCAAGAAGAAGGAGAACAAGUCAGAAUUGGUCAAGUUCUCCAAGAAGGAAAUCGAUGAUUUGGUGGAAGAAUGGGAACCUGCUCCAUUAGUGGAUGAAGUGACCGAGUUAGAACAUUGGCGGUUGGCUGAAAAUCACGUCAAGGGAAAGAAUGGUGCCCAUAUCGAGCUUGUACAGCACCCAGAAUACGGUAAGGUGGUCAAUUUGUCGAGUCUUGAUUUUCUCAAUCUCAACGGAAACAGCGACUUGGACGCGGCCGCCAGACUGACCAUUGCAUCAUCUGGUGUCGGUGCAUGUGGUCCGCCAAACUUCUACGGUACUCAGGACGUGCAUGUGAGAUUGGAAGAGGACUUGGCCCGUUAUUUGGGAAGUGAGCAGGCCAUUUUGUAUGGACAGGACUUUGUUACAGCUGGCUCGGUUAUUCCGGCAUUCUUGAAAAGAGGUGACUUGGCAGUGGUGGAUUCGGGCGUCAGCUUGGCUAUCCAGAAGGCUUUGAUUGUCAGUCGUUGUGACAUUGAGUGGUUUGACCAUAAUGAUAUGGAACACUUGGACCAGAUCUUGAGUGAGUUGAAGCCUAUGUUGAGCAAGCAGAAAUUGCGCAGAAGAUUUAUUGUGACUGAAGCUAUGUUUGCCUACAGUGGUGACAUUGCUAAUUUGCCUGAAAUUGUGGAGUUGAAGAACAAGUAUAAGUAUAGAUUGUUCGUGGACGAGACUUUGUCGAUUGGUACCUUAGGUAAGAGCGGAAGAGGUAUCACCGAGCAUUUUGGAAUCUCCAGAGAUGAGAUUUCCAUUACCAUUGGAAGUUUGGCAAAUGCUUUCGCGUCUUCUGGAGGUUUCUGUGUGGGUGUCAGACCCAUGGUUCACCACCAGAGAAUCAAUUCCAUUGCUUAUGUGUUCAGUGCUGCUUUACCUCCAUACUCUGCCAAGGUUGUCUCUGAGACCAUAAAGUUGAUCACUGAAUCUGAGAACUCCGACGGACAAUCUGCCAUUAUCUCUGCUUUGCAAGAAAAGGUGAAAUACACUUAUGAGAAAUUGACCAAGAAGUUUACCCAUUCUAAGUACUUGACGGUUAAAUCGUGCCUGGACUCGCCCAUCAUUCAUUUGGGCUUCACUGACGCGUUCAGAGAGAAGUUGGACUUGCCUCCUAUGUAUGGUAACUCCACCUUCCUCACCAAAGGACGUCCAGAACGCAAAUUGAACAAGUUCAGCCACCACUACAACGUGGAGUGCUACAUCAUGCAGAAGAUUAUCAACACGCUUCUCGUACAACAGCAUACAUUAAUCAACAGAACCCGUAUCGUUUACGAGCAAGAGAACUUACCAGUGGAGAGCCCCAGAUUGUUAAUUCACAUCAACAGUGGAGUUUCUCAUGAGGAGUUGAACGCGGUAAUUUCCGCAUUGCCAACCGUGGUCAACGAAGUAUGCUCCAGGCUCAAAGGACCUGCCGAUCUCUUUACAAUAGAAAAUGAGUUGAUGACGCUCUGA